AAAUUGAGGGCUUAGAAAUGGUUUUGCCUAGAAGAAAUUAGUCCUAAGUUGCAGCUCACGUGAACGGAGUUAGAUAUUCUGUCUGCGUUGUUUGUCAGUAACUGGAAAAGACCACUGGGCACUAGGGAAGAAAGGUAAAGCAGAGCCUCAUUCCUCUGUCGAAUCCGACCAAAAAAACGUCCCUGUAGUCGUCGUUGCCCCUUCAUUUUCAGCAGCCCGAGAUGUGCACGGAAGAGGGCCUUUAACAACAACGCAAGGUACAAAGGAUUCAUCUUUCAGCUCCAUUUUCCGUCUCCCAUCUCUUCAACUUUCAUGGGGACUACUCUUCUUCUUGGGUCCCCUGCUAAGCUUUCUCUGUUUCCAUAUGGUUCUUCUGUAGGAGUGCAAGUUCCAAAGUGCAGGGCAUAUAACAACAUCCUAGGAAAAUGUUCUACUCUGAGGUUUCAGGGGCAUAUUGUGAAGCAUCAUGCUGGAGGAUACCACCAGAAAAGAAAUACAAAGUUUCUGGUGAAUGCCACCUCAGGUCACCCUCUCAAAUCUGAUUCAGAAGCUUAUGGUCCCAAAAGCACUUGGAGCUCCAUUCAAAAUGCCUUAGAUGCUUUUUACAGGUUUUCACGGCCUCACACAGUUAUAGGCACAGCAUUGAGCAUAGUUUCGGUAUCUCUCCUCGCUGUUGAGAAGCUUUCAGAUAUCUCUUCCCCUUUUUUAACUGGAGUAUUAGAGGCUGUGGUUGCUGCCUUGAUGAUGAACAUUUAUAUUGUUGGUUUAAAUCAGAUAUCUGAUAUUGAGAUAGACAAGGUUAACAAGCCUUAUCUUCCUUUGGCGUCAGGAGAAUAUUCCAUGUUAACUGGCAUGUUGCUUGUUACAUCUUUUUCCGUCAUGAGUUUUUGGCUUGGAUGGGUUGUUGGAUCAUGGCCAUUGUUUUGGGCACUUUUCAUAAGUUUUUUGCUUGGAACUGCAUAUUCAAUCAAUUUGCCGCUCUUGAGAUGGAAGAGGUUUGCGUUGGUUGCAGCAAUGUGCAUCCUAGCUGUUCGAGCAGUGAUUGUGCAACUUGCUUUUUAUCUUCACAUACAGACCCAUGUACUCGGAAGACCAACUGUCAUUUCAAAGCCCUUAAUAUUUGCAACUGCAUUCAUGAGUUUCUUUUCAGUUGUUAUAGCAUUGUUCAAGGAUAUACCCGACAUUGAGGGAGAUAAGAUAUUUGGAAUCAGAUCUUAUACUGUACGACUGGGUCAAAAGCGGGUCUUCUGGACUUGCAUUUCGCUUCUCCAAAUGGCAUAUGGUGUUGCAAUUUUAGUUGGGGCAUCAUCUUCCCACACCUGGAGCAAGAUGGUCACUGUUCUUGGUCAUGUUAUCCUGGCUUCAAUUUUAUGGAUCCGUGCCAAAUCUGUUGAUUUGACAAGCAAAGCUGCAAUCACAUCUUGUUAUAUGUUUAUUUGGAAGCUCUUCUAUGCUGAGUACUUUCUCAUACCACUUGUAAGGUGAGUACACAACCUUUUCAGGGAGCAACUGUUCGAGUGAUUCAAGAUAAGGAAAAUGUUAUGAGACCGUAAAUGGCACAUAUUGCAGCAGCAACGUUGUUAAUCACAAUGUACCAAAAAAUAAAAAAAUAAAAACUUUGUUAAUCACACUGUUAACCAUAAAGCGUUUACUGAGGAUCCAAAGAAUUAUUUCGCAGUUGUGUUAAGAAGAUUAAGAGUGAACAAAUAUUAGUAAUGCCCUAUGGUUCAUUGGCAUCUCUCCUCAUUACACGGGGGUUGAAGUUGGAAACUUGCAAUUAAUAUGUGAUUAGCACAGUCGAACUCCUGUAACAUGGUAUAAAAAGUGAUAUUUGUGGUGUAAACAGUUCCCAUUUCUCAGAAUUAAUAAUAAGUGAUACUGUGU